ACUAAGGAUUUAGUAUUCCUGUGAAUCACUAAACUAAUAUUUAGUUGUAUAACCACGGUUUCUGAGAACUUCUGGCACCUGUGAACAGGUAUUCCAGCCCAGGAUGAUUUGACAACAUUCCACAAUUCCUCUGCAUUUCUUGGUUUUGCCUCAGAAACAGCAUUUUUGAUGUCACCCCACAAGUUUUCUAUCGGAUUAAGGUCCGGGGAUUGGGCUGGCCACUCCAUAACUUUCAUUUUGUUGGUCUUGAACCCUGAUGCUGCUCGCUUACUGGUGUGUUUGGGGUCGUUAUCUUGUUGAAACACCCAUUUCAAGGGCAUUUCCUCUUCAGCAUAAGGCAACAUGACCUCCUCAAGUAUUUUGAUAUAUGCAAACUGAUCCAUGAUCCCUGGUAUGCGAUAAAUGGGCCCAACACCACAGUAAGAGAAACAUCCCCAUAUCAUGAUGCUUGCACCACCAUGCUUCACUGUCUUCAGAGUGUACUGUGGCUUGAAUUCACUGUCUGGGGGUCGUCUGAAAAACUGUCUGCGGCUCUUGGACCCAAAAAGAACAAUUUUACUUUCAUCAGUCCACAAAAUGUUUUUCCAUUUCUCUUUAGGCCAGUCGAUGUGUUCUUUGGCAAAUUGUAUCCUCUUCAGCACGUCUUUUUUUUAACAGUGGAACUUUGCGGGAGCUUCUUGCCAAUAGAUUAGCUUCACACAGGCAUCUUCUAAUUGUCACAGUACUCACAGGUAACUUCAGACCGUCUUUGAUCACCCUGGAGCUGAUCAUUGGCUGAGUCUUUGCCAUUCUGGCUAUUCUUCGAUCCAUUCGAAUGGUAGUCUUCUGUUUUCUUCCACGUCUCUCUGGCUUUGCUGUCCAUUUUAAAGCACUGGAGAUCAUUUUAGCCGAGCAGCCCAUCAUUUUCUGCCCUUCUUUACAGUAUACGUUUUACCUCUCCAAUCAACGUUUUAAUCAAAGCACGCUGUUCUUCUGAACAAUGUCUGGAACGACCCAUGUUUCUCAGGUUUUCAGAGAGAAAUGGAUGUACAACAUGUGCCGGCUUCAUCCUUAAAUUAGGGCCACCUGACUGACAUCUGCUUUUUCACAGAAUGAAUGAUCUCACUAAUUAAACUCCACACUGCUAUUAUUUUGAACACGCCCCUUUCACUUAAUUAUUCGAUUACACAGACUCAGGAGCAUGCAUAUCAUGAAUGUUGGGUCUGUUGGUUUUCUAUGACUCUACUACACCUACUGGAAAAUUAUUUGCCAUGUAGUAAUAUAAUUUCCACCAAAAACAGUGAUUGAUCUGGUUAGUUGUGUUGGACUGCUAUUAUUUUGAACACAAGUGUACAUAGGCAGAUUCCUAAUGAAAUUAGGUCUACACUUGUGGACCAUGUGAUCAAUCACGGCCUCACAAUGGCUGAGGCUGGUCGGAGGGUCCAACCAAAUGUUGGAAGAACCACAGUGAAUUCAAUCAUUCAAACAUUUCGUAGGGAGAACAGGAUUGAUAGACAACCUCGCAGAGGUGGAGGAAGAGGGCCCCUUUUUACCCCACAGCAGGAGGAAGCCAUUUGUGCAAUGGUGGUUGCAAACAACGCUAUAAGGUUGAGAGAAAUUCAAAGUGCUGUCAUAGAAGAUAAUGUAUUUGCCAAUAUUGAAUCUGUGUCAGUUGCAACAAUUGACAGAGUGCUCAGGAGAAAUGAAAUGCGCAUGAAACAACUGUACAAAGUGCCGUUUGAACGGAACAGUGAGAGAGUGAAGGAGAUGCGUCACCAGUAUGUACAGCAUAUACUGGAGCUGGAAGCCAGGGAACCACUGCACACAUUCAUAUACAUUGAUGAGGCGGGUUUCAAUCUGGCCAAAGGUAGAAGGCGUGGAAGAAAUAUCAUUGGACAGAGAGCAACCACUGAUGUCCCAGGCCAACGCGGAGGGAAUAUUACAACGUGUGCAGCCAUCUCAGACAAUGGUGUCCUCACCCAUAUCCCCCUUCUUGGUCCAUACAAUACACAACAUCUGCUGACUUUUUUAGACACUCUUUACAGGGACAUAGUCCCUGAGAAUGAGAGGGGUGAAGGCCAACUCAACCAGUAUGCUGUUGUGUGGGAUAAUGCCCGUUUUCACCACUCACAUCUGGUCACACGGUGGUUUGCAGCACAGCAGAGGAUGCUGGUUGAAUAUCUCCCUCCCUACUCCCCAUUCCUUAAUCCCAUAGAGGAGUUUUUCUCUGCCUGGACGUGGAAGGUGUAUGACCGGCGUCCACAUACACAAAUGGCCCUGCUAGCAGCCAUGGAUGCAGCAUGUGAUGACAUCGCUGCAGAUUCAUGCAGAGGAUGGAUUCGCCACUCAAGGAGAUACUUUCCUCGCCGCAUUGCAAGAGAAAAUAUCCAUUCUGAUGUCGAUGAGAAUAUGUGGCCAAACAGACAGGAACGUCUGGAUGUGCCAGAAUGAAAACUGUACCCAUGUUCCGUUACAAUACAGUAUGUACUGUUACUGUAUAUUGUUCGCAAUUGUGCACAGCUCUACCAAAAGGGUGUUUGUUUUUUUCUGACUGACAGUGACUGUAGGUUACUGUAUUUUUCUUUUGCACAAUGCUGUAGUAUUGCGAAGAGCAUAUACAGUAAAAAUGUGAAACAUG